AUGCGUCCCGAAACGCGAGAUGAGUUCGAAAUUGCCAUCGUCUGUGCUCUGCCUCUAGAAGCUGCUGCUGUUAUAGACUCGUUCGACCAGCGCUAUGACAAGAACUGCAGUGGGUAUGGCAAGCAAGAGGGGGAUACAAACACUUACUCGACUGGACGAAUUGGUCAACACAAUGUUGUUCUGGCUCAUAUGCCCGGUAUGGGCGUAUCUAGUGCAGCUAGCGUUGCAUCCGAUAUUCAGCUGAGCUUCAAGGGAAUCAGGCUUGCACUCAUCGUUGGUGUAUGUGGCGGUGCUCCUCUCGAGCGACCAACGCCUGCCAUUGUCCUCGGAGAUGUCAUCAUCUCCAACUCGGUCGUCGAGUUCGACUUCGGAAAACAAUAUCCGACUCGUUUCGAAAGAAAAACCGACCUGGACCACACGCUCGGUAGGCCAAAUCCCGAAAUCCGAGGUCUCCUCAGCAAGUUUGGCGUAGCAUCUAUACGCAAGGAAUUGGAAGAAACGAUACUACAGAAUCUCAAUAUAUUGCAACAGAAGGGACAUGCAGCGGGAUAUCCAGGUGCCGAGCACGAUAGACUAUUCCCUGCCUCGUACCGACACAUACAUCGCAGACAGACUGCCUCGCAAGAUUGUCUCUGUGUUUCGUCUCAGUCUGAUGGCAGAGCUUUGUGUCUCGAAGCUCUGGAGUCAAGUUGCGACGCGCUUGGUUGUAUUGUGGAAAUUCCAGAUGGCUCGUCUCGACAGAUGCGUUUUGCAUCGGGAAAUCCUACGCCCUUCGUACACAUAGGUACAAUUGGCUCUGCAAGCACCGUCAUGAAGUCUGGCGAACACCGUGACGCUAUCGCUCGUGGAAACAACAUAAUUGCUUUCGAGAUGGAAGGAGCCGGUGUAUGGGACAACUUGCCUUGUGUCGUGAUCAAAGGCGUCUGCGACUAUUCCGAUAGCCAUAAGAACAAAAUGUGGCAAAACUAUGCAGCAGCGACAGCGGCCUCAGCUGCAAAGGCUUUCCUGGAUCACUGGACUUCC